UGGACGACGAGAAGCCUGCUCGACCCCGCGACAGCCCGCGAGCCCCGGACCGCCGCGCGUGAAGGCUCGGGGAUGACCAGCGACCGGCCCUGGGACGACCCCUGCCACCAUGUCCGUCGCCGCCGCCGCCGUCAUAGUCUUCGGUGUAUUGCCGUUGAUAAGCAGUGCUCCGGAGCUCAGAAGAUUUCCACGUGACGGAAAAACGUUGGUCGUGGACGAGAAGAAUAGUUCUGAAGUGGCCACACUUGAAGAAUCAGGGAUGCUGAUCACGGCGGACUCUCGGCUUCAGUUCUCUUGCGCAGACAGAGAGGACGGGGCUUACGCCGACUCCUCGUCCAGCAGAAUUUACUACAGGUGCCGCGGGGGCCGGCGCGAGGCGCGCAGCUGCGCCGCGGGCCGCGAGUUCAGCGCGCGCACGGCCCGCUGCGAGCCGCGCGGGGACCCCCCUCCACCGUGCGAGGCGCUGGGCGACGGAUUGCACGCCGACCACGCCAGCGGCUGCCAGCAGUACUUCAGGCAAGCGCGCGUUGCAGGGGUCGUUACCACAACGCAGAAAUACCACAUCGGCGACAGCUAGAAAACUGCUGUGUACCACAACGCCGAAAUAACAACUGAAUGAAUUUGUGUUUGUUUCUUAAGUGUACCUUAACGCCGAAAUACCACAAUCAAACCUAACCUUACCUAACCUAACCUAACCUAGCGUAAUAUAACCUAACCUAACUUAGCCUGACCUAACCUAACCUAACCUAGCGUAAUAUAACCUAACCUAACUUAGCCUAACCUAACCUAGCCUAGCCUAACCCAAACUAGUCUAACCUAACCUAGUCUAACCUAACCUAACCUUUGUGGCAGUCCUGCAAUGACAUUUUUCGGCGUUCGUGUAUUUCGGCGUUGUGGUAAUUCGGCGUUGUGGUACACAGCAGUUUUCUAGCUGUCGGCGUUGUGGUCAAUUUGGCAUUUCGGCGUUGUGGUAUUUCGGCGUUGUGGUGCGUCCCCGCAUUUUGCAGUACACUACCCGGCUUGUUAACGGCCGAGAUUAAAAUUCGUCCAGAAUAUUUUACGUUUUUAUGUCUUCCAGUGCUCAAAAUGAUAUGCAAUUGUGGCCCCGGGCACGAAAUUUUAUUUAUAAUUCAUUAAUAAUAACGCCCCUCGCGAUAAACAAAGGAAAAUAUGUAUUAACGAGUGCCUGGUUGUCGCGGAAGCGGGUAAAUAGCGCGAUUCGUUCGGUUCGCGUUCGUCACCGUAGAUGACAGCACCGUAGGGGAAUAAUAUUAUUUCGUUUUUAUAAUACGAUUUUAUAACAAAUACGCAUCCCAAAUACACUAAACUUAUUUAUAAUGUGUUACAAUAUUUUUUUAAAACAUUGUGCAAAAGAUCCCGGGUGUAAUUUGAAUUAUUAUGUGUAACUGUAAAACACCACUGUUCGUACAAAAACGUAUUUGAAAAUUCAACAUUACUUUUAAAUAACCGUACUGAUUGUGCUGGAAAUCGGUGGACGAUCGUUAAAUUUACAUAAACUUAAUAAUUCAAACGACGAAAACAUGAUUUAAAAGUCAAAUCGAUGGUUGUUCCAAUAGAGUGGAAGAGAGAUAGAUGCGGCGCAAGCGUACAAAGAGCGUAACGGGACACAUCGUAGUGGAACAAUGUGCGUUACGGAACACUUUUUCGUGCGUGCAGCCGGCGUUCAUCGAUUUAUUAGACGUUGUCACGUCAAAAAACAGAACUUGGAAGAUCCUGUCAUCAGAAAUUUCGGCGAACUCUUCGUUUAUUUCAGGCGAAAUCUUCUUUGAAAAGUGAUUUCCAACAGUGUAUACUCAAACUGCGGCGUAGGUGUUGUCGUAUUGACACUGCCAUUUUUAUUUGUGAGGUGUGCUGCAUUGGCUUCCAACAACACAGAGAUUUCCACGCGGGAACUAGCGCAACUUCAAACCUGACGGCGAAAACGCUCGUUUUUAGCGAUGUCCAUGCUUGUAAAGCGGUGAUGCCGACUGGCGGCCAGCGAGCUUGUUGUGCACGCCCCGCCUCAAGAAAAUAUCAAACAAAAAAAUACUAUCGAGUAAACUGUCGUUCAUUAGCCAUAUUUGUGUGCAUGUGUACAUAAGUUGUCAUCAGACACUGUUAUAAAAUCGUGCUAUUUUCAUAGAAAUUAUGGAAAAAAAACCUACAUAUUUUUGUAAUCCAUAUGAUGAUUCAUGACAUUAUUAGAUUGAUUUUUUAA